GCAUUGAGGGGUGGAGGACACCGAAUUGGGGGCCAGUAGAGGGAUUAGCAGAGAGGGGUGGAGGACACUGAAUGGGGGCCAGUGGAGGGAUUGGCAGAGACGGGUGGAGGACACUGAAUGGGGGCCAGUGGAGGGAUUGGCAGAGACGGGUGGAGGCCAGUGGAGGGAUUGGCAGGGAGUGGAGGCCAGUGGAGGGAUUGGCAGGGAGGGUGGAGGACACUGAAUGGGGGCCAGUGAAGGGAUUGGCAGAGAGGGGUGGAGGACACUGAAUGGGGACCAGUGGAGGGAUUGGCAGAGACGGGUGGAGGACACUGAGUGGGGGCCAGUGGAGGGAUUGGCAGAGAGGGGUGGCAGAUACAGAACGGUCGGCCAAUGAGGAGGGAGUUACAAUAGUCAAGGCGAGAUAUAACCAGGGAGGGA